AUGCUGGACGACGUGCAGGAUAUUGGAGAUGUGGAUGACCUAUUGGCGGGACACGUCAGUGAAAAGAAGUCUGAAAAUUGUUGUGAUAGGAAUGUGACUCAAAGUGUAGAGCACGUGAAAGUGAUGAUGCAGGAGGAUCCAUUGGGCGUUGAAUUUGUGUUUCAUUCCACCUAUUCUAUGCCCAGCGCACGCCUGGAAUUCAAGUGUCCUUUCACAUUGUGGUGCCACGUAGAUGGUCGCAAAUGUUCAGUAACGGAGCUCAAAGCGUUUGGCGGCAGAAGACGCACUUGGCCGAUUGUAUAG